AGCCCCGGGCGCGCCUGCCCUGCUGCGCGCACUUUCCAUGGCGGGCCCCGGGUCGAGGCCGCGGCUCUGGCCGCUGGCCGCGCUGGCCCUGGUCCUAACGCUGACGCCGGAGCCGCCCGUAGCCCGGGCAGGGCAGGCGCCGCGCUCCGCCGCGCGGGGACCCCCGGUGCGGCUCUUCACGGAGGAGGAGCUGGCCCGCUACGGCGGGGCGGAGGAAGACCAGCCCAUCUAUAUGGCCGUGAAGGGGGUGGUGUUUGAUGUCACUUCUGGAAAGGAGUUUUAUGGCCGAGGAGCCCCCUACAAUGCCUUGACGGGCAAGGACUCCACCAGAGGGGUGGCUAAGAUGUCCCUGGACCCCGCAGACCUCACGCAUGACAUGACGGGCCUCACGGCCGCGGAGCUGGCAACCCUGGAGGACGUCUUCACCAGAGUCUACAAAGCCAAGUACCCCAUCGUGGGCUAUACCGCCCGGCGAAUCCUCAACGCCGACGGGAGCCCCAACCUGGACUUCAAGCCAGAAGACCAACCCCACUUUGACCUCAAGGACGAGUUCUGAGGUUCUUGGAGGCAGGGGACGUGGUGGAAACCCCUGAGGCGGUGCUCACCUCUGUCCCUGGAUCUGAAUAAAACCAUCCAGCCUGGCAGUGGCCCCUUUCAUUGCCCUUGGCCUGCGUUUGGCUCCUGGGGGCCUGCCCCUGCCUGUACACCAGGGCCGGGGGUGCACCACAGCUACAGGGGAGCCUUCCCCACAUCCGCAUGCUCCCUCUGGUGGAGCGGGGUUACUGGGACCUUGGUUGCUCCGUCUUUUUUCAAGAUUUGCCACAUUUUCUGCUGGGACCAUGUUUAUGUUAAGAUAAGCACAGCAGUAAACAUCCUCUGACACAGGAGACACCCGCACUUCCCUCUGUGGGGGC